UGGUCUAUAAUAGGCGUGUGGAAAAAUCACCAUAAUCUUCAAGAUUCUACAGAGAGAGAGAGAGAGAGAGAGAGAGAGAGAGAUGUUGGAAGGUAAAGGAAUGGUGAAGGAGACCGACAUGCCAGAGAAGAUGCAGAGCCAAGCCAUGGCUGCUGCUUCCCAAGCACUUGAUCUAUUCGACGUCUCGGACUGCAUCUCCCUAGCUUCACACAUCAAGAAGGAGUUUGACAGGGAAUAUGGGAGUGGAUGGCAAUGUGUGGUGGGCUCAAACUUUGGGUGUUACUUCUCCCACAAGCAGGGGACUUUCAUCUACUUUUCCUUGGAGAAGCUCAAUUUCCUCAUCUUCAAAGGAGCCUCUUCUUAGAGAGAGAGAGAGAGAGAGAGAGAGAGAGAGAGAGAGAGAGAGAGUUGCAUGGAUCUGGAGAGUUAUGCAGAUCUCCUAGAGAUUCAUGGCUUUUUGUGUAUAUAUCAUAUGGCAAUGGUAAUAUACUUGCAGUUGUAAUUUAUUCACGACCCGCUUUUGUUCA